AUGGAAUUCCAUCUCUCGUUUUCAAAUAUUGUAGCAACCAGCUUUUCUCUUAUUGUAGUAGUUUUCCUUCUCCAUACCCUCAACAGGAAGAAGGCAAAUAGAGGGAAGAACCGAAAACCACCACAAGCAGAAGGUGCAUGGCCUAUAAUCGGACACCUGCACCUUUUAGGUGGUUCUCAGCUACCUCACUAUGUUUUAGGUGACAUGGCAGACAGAUAUGGCCCUAUCUUCACAAUCAAGCUUGGUUAUCACCAAGCUUUGGUGGUAAGUAAUGGGGCGAUAGCUAAGGAGUGCUUUACUACAAACGAUAAGGCCUUUGCAACUCGACCCAAAGCUGAGGCAACAAAACUCAUGGGCUAUAAUUAUGCUAUGUUCGGCUUUGCUACAUAUGGAGACUAUUGGCGACAAGCACGCAAGAUGGUGACGCUGGAGGUUCUUUCCCAACGUCGAGUUGAGAGCUUUGGACAUAUUCGAGCUUCAGAACUUAGAGUAUACAUCAAAGAUAUAUAUGAUCGUUGGGUUUUAAAUAAAAUGAGCGAAAACUCAGAGAUGAUGAAGGUGGAGAUGAGUCAAGUGUUUGGUAAAUUGGUUGUAAACAUUAUGGUUAGGAUUAUUACGGGGAAGAGGUUUUCGCCACAUGAUGAGGAAGGGGUUACAUUUCAGAUUGUAGUAAAGAAAUUCUUUGAGUUAAUGGGAGCAUUUGUUGUUUCAGAUUUUAUCCCUUAUCUCAAGUUUUUGGAUGUUGGUGGACACAUUAAAGCAAUGAAGAAGAUGGCAAUAGAUUUGGACAACAUCUUUGGUGCAUGGUUAAAAGAAGAUAAACUAAUAAAGAAGUCUGCCGAACAACAUGAAAGCAACCAUCAAGUCUUUAUAGAUGUGCUAAUUUCCAUUCAUCAAAGUGCUUCUGAAGACGAAUUCCCUGGUUUUGACCAUGAUACAAUUAUUAAAUCCGCGUGUCAACAACUCCUGGUAGUGAAAUGA